AAUGCCCGGGCGCCCGCCACACUCCUCCUCGCCUUCUCCGGAGCAGCCGCGCACGCAGAAGCCGCCGCAAUGACAGCCACUGCAGCAGCCGGGCAGCAGCCGCCGGCGUGAGGGGGCUGUGGGCGCCAUUGCAAGAUGAACGCCUCCCUGGACGGCGGCAGCCCCGGCAAUGGGAGCGGCGGUGGCGGGAGGCCCUUCUGCCUCCUGGCCGCCGGCUACCCGGACAGCCUGGACGUCUGCCUGCUGGAAGUGAUUGUCGUCGUCUUCCUCACCGUCCUCAUCAUCUCGGGCAACCUGGUCGUCAUCUUCGUCUUCCACUGCGCGCCGCUGCUGAACCACCACACCACCAGCUACUUCAUCCAGACCAUGGCCUACGCCGACCUGCUGGUUGGGGUGAGUUGCCUGGUGCCCUCGCUCUCCCUCCUGCACUACCCGGUCGCCUUCCUGCCCGAGUCCCUGGUCUGCAAGGUCUUUGGCUACGUCGUCUCGGUGCUGAAGAGCGUCUCCAUGACCUCGCUGGCGUGCAUCAGCCUCGACCGCUACAUCGCCAUCACCAAGCCCCUCACCUACAGCACCCUGGUCACCCCCUGCCGCCUCCGCGCCUGCAUCCUGCUGCUCUGGCUGUACUCGGGCGCCGUCUUCCUGCCCGCCUUCUUCGAGUGGGGGAAGCCUGGCUACCACGGAGACAUCUUCCAGUGGUGCGCCGACUUCUGGGACACCCGGGCCAUCUUCACUCUGUUCAUCGUGGUCAUGCUGUACGCGCCGGCCGCCUUCGUCGUCUGCUUCACUUACUUCAGCAUCUUCCGCAUCUGUCAGCAGCACACCAGGGAGAUCAACGAGCGGCGGGUGCGCUUCAGUUCCCAGGAGGGGGAGGCGGCCGAGGCCCAGCCUUGCCCGGACAAGCGCUACGCCAUGGUCCUCCUGCGCAUCACCAGCGUCUUCUACAUCCUGUGGCUUCCCUACAUCAUCUACUUUCUCCUGGAGAGCUCCUCUGUUUACCACAACCGCCUGGCCUCCUUCUUGACCACCUGGCUGGCCAUCAGCAAUAGCUUUUGCAACUGUGUCAUCUACAGCUUGUCCAACAGUGUCUUUCAGAAGGGGUUGAAGCACCUCUCGGGCGCCCUUUGCACGCCGUGCGCCAGGCACCGGGCAGCCAAGGACUCCUCUGCCUCCCGGAGCAAAAGACCUUCCAACGGGUGUCACGCCUGACGCGCAGGUUGUUCCCACAAACUCAGCCCAUUAAAAGACGUCCAGACUUGCAAAAAGAGAGACAGACAGAAACGCUGCUGAUCUCAGAAGGACUGAGGAUUUCCACCAGCACGUGCUGUCGGUUUCCGUGUUUCGCUUUAGAAAGGUCCUGGUGGGAAGCGGGGAGUGUCCGUUUUGACCAGGAGGGUCUCCUCCGUGGAGUGACACGGGAUGUACUACAGUGCCAGCAAAAGACCCUUGUGUUCUUCCUUACCACUUUGCUCUGGUGUUUGGAGAUCUGUGCUCUGUGUGUCAGUGCGGGAGUGUGUAAAUGGUUUAAUAGUGUAUUCUUUGAUUUGUCCGUGCAUAUGCCAAAGUAUAUUUCAAAAUCUUAUGGGUCCAAAUGAUGAUUGUCCCUCUUCCUACCCCCCACCCCCACCCUGUUUCCCCCCUUACGCCUGUAGCCAAUAAUGUCAACACUUGAACGUUGGAUUCCAGCGUGCCGUGAGCCAGCGGUGCCCUUUUCUCUCUAGGCUUUUUAUAACCGUGGUUAUUCCUCCUCCCCGUCCCCUUUUUGCCACCUCUGUCUCCCCAGGUUGUUCAUUUGUGAUUUAAAGUACCGUAUUUGCAUUUUUCUUAAAAAAUGAAAUGUCUGUGUAGUAAACAGAUGACUUUGGAGCAGACCAAAUUAGAAGACGAAUAAAGUGUUUCCUUUUUUUUUUUUUUUUUUUUUUUUAAGUAAGCGGAGAAAAAAAUAUUUAUUUUGUCCUUUCCUUGAUUUGGAUUUUGUAGGCAACAGCUUGGGGAUGUGGUCAUGCAUUCCACAGGAUGGUUUGGAAACGAUGUCACCAGCUUGUUUUUUUGUUUUGAGGAAGUUUCU